AGAGUUUGCUACAGGCAACGGUUUCAUUUUCAGAUUUAUUGAAUUUGUAUACAUUAAUAUUACGUAUAAGACUUACAAACUUCACUGACCAGUUUAAUUUCAGACACAGACUCGUUUAGCAACGCGCGCGAGCCCACUACUAACUGCUAACUAUGCUAAGGCAGCGCGAAAGGAGCAGAUCGGAGCGAUCUAAACGCUUUCGGCAGAAGACGAAGCCACCACUCGGAGCGACCUUAACUGUUCUCCCACGGGCCUGAGUCGGAGUCCCACAGUCCCACCCCACCAGGAUGCACUUGUAGUAGAGAUUGUUACGCAACACCCAUACUCUAAAGUAAUCCGAAAUCUGCGAUAAUGUUUUCAACGGAUGUUUACCGGAGAAAAAAGAGCGCCAGCACCUUGAACGAGAAGCUCCAUAAUGAGGAACCUGCCCGUGCGAAUCCGUCAAGCGAUUCGCAGACAGCGCAGUGGAGCGCCCGCAUCAUCUACCUCAUUGCCUUCCUCGAUCUCUUCGCCGUGUCCAUGCUGACGCCGUUAAUCCGGCAGCAGUCGCUGGACGUCGGAUCCUCCUUCACCAUGGCCGGACUGAUGGGCUCCUUGUAUGGAGUGUGUCAGUUAUUCUCCAGUCCAACCGUGGGCAACUGGUCGGACCGGAUGGGGCGGAAACGCAUUCUCCUCUUCACCACACUCCUAAGCGCCCUGGGCUAUCUGCUGCUGUCCCUCUCCUUCUGGCUGCCCCUGCUCUUCCUCAGUCGCAUAUUGUGCGGCUGCUUCAAGCACACCCAGACAUUGUGCAAAGCCUACCUCGCCGACCUGCACAGCGCCGAGGAAGCCGCUGAUUCCCACGGCAAACACUCCGGACGCCCUGACACUCCUGCCGCGCACCGCUUCAGCACCUUCAUGACCAUCUCCAACGCCGGUUUCGUCCUGGGGCCGCUGCUGGGCGGUCAUAUUGCGCAGCAGGAAAACGGUUUCCAGAUGGUGGCUCUGCUGACGGCCAUGACGUUCUUCACCAUCGCCACGGUGGUGGCCACCUGCCUGCCGGUGGUACAUGUGCGCGGCAACGCGGUCAAGCGGGAGAAAAAGCAGGAGGGACACUUUGGGGGGACGCUGUACCACAACUGGGAUAUUUUCUUAUUGCAGCUGCUCAUUUCCUUCAGUGUCAUGGUUCUUCGGGUGAAUUACGUGCAGCACGCUAAAGAGCACUUCGGCAUGUCGUCCCAGCUCUCCGGCUACUUGACUUCUCUGCAAGCCCUUCUCGGCGUAAUUGGGUCGGCCUGCACUUCCGGUUCGCUUAUGUCGCGGUAUCCUAACAAUCAUCUCAUGCUCCACACCUCCAUUCUGACCGGCGUGGGCCUCCUGGCCUCGUCCACCACCACCAACGUGUGGAUCUACAUUCUUAGCCUGUCGCUGGUCAACUUCGUGGCACCCUUCAGCCGGUUGGCCCACAUGACGCAGUUACUGGAGCGCAGUCCCCAGCCCGACCACCACGGAGCGCUGAUGGGCGCCAGCCAGUCUGUGGGAUCAUUCUGCCGGCUGUCCAGUUCGUUUAUCAGUGGGCUGGCACAGGAUUACUUCGCCUAUGGACCGCAGGUGUUGUCGGUGGUGUGCACGACGCUGGGAGUGAUGCAGAUUUUGUGUAUGUACUGAUUGCGACUGCUCGGAAUUUUGUGCUUUGUCUCCCAUUUUCCGGUCCCCGUUCUCGGUUUUCUACCUGUGAAUCUGUGAUGUGUCUGAUUCCGGUGCUUUUGUGGUGAUAUGCUGUCGUUAAAUUACCGCAGUACGAGUAUCUGUACGCGUUUACGAAAUCUUUUUUGGGAAAUGUAAUAGUUCUUUCAACAAAAAUACUCGAUGUUCGUACAAACGCUGUAGGUGGU